AUGCUGCUGUGGGUGACACUACUGGUCCUGACUCCUGUCAGUGGACAAUUUGCAACUGGACCCAAAUCUUUAGUUUCUCUUCAACCUCCAUGGACCACUCUAUUUGAAGGAGAGAAAGCGACUCUAACUUGCUAUCUAUUUAGCUUCUCUUCAUCACUGAAAACAAAAUGGUACCGUGGAGAAACAUUACUAACGGAAACUCAAAAUAUCCUGGUGGUCCGUGACUCUGGAAAGUACAGAUGCCAAGCUGACAACUUACUUCUAAGUGACCCUGUGCCCUUGGAAUUUUCCAGUGCUUCACUGAUCCUGCAGGCUCCAUUUGCUGUAUUUGAAGGAGACUCAGUGAUUCUAAGGUGCCAGGCAAGGAAAAAAACAGAACACUUUACUGUAACAUUUUCUAAGAAUAAUAAAGUCUUAACAUUACUUGAUCAAAGCCUUGAGCUCCACAUUCAGAAUGCAAGUCUGAAGGACAAUGGAGAAUAUCGCUGUACUGGAUAUGAGAAAACUUACUCCCGUGCUUCUUCCAACGCAGUCACAAUUCAAGUCCAAGAGCUGUUUCCACGGCCUGUGCUGAGAGCCAGACCCUCUAAUCCCACAAAUGGAGGUCCAAUAACCUUGACCUGUGAGACCCAGCUCCUUUCGCUGAAGCCAAAUGAUCAGCUCAAAUUCUGCUUCUUCAAAAGUAACGGGGCUUUAGAGUCAGGCUGCAGCAGCAACCCGGAGCUCCAUAUCCCUGCCAUAUGGACUGAAAAUUCAGGGGGUUACUGGUGCACGGCAGGGACAACAACCUCCCAUAUUUGGAAAAAGAGCCUAACAUCCCUCAUUGAUGUGCAGAGGGCUCUUGCCAAUGUCAAAAUACAUACUGUUCCAGCCUCAAAGGUGGUAUCUGAAGGGCAGGAGCUGACACUCAACUGCUUAGUAGAAAGGAUCUCAGGGCCCAUCAAAGUUUCCUGGUACAAAAGAGACAUGCGGUAUAAGGAGAAAAAGACACAUGUGGCCUCAAAAGCAGAAUUCAAGAUCCCCAGGGUGAAUAGCCACCAUGCUGGCGAGUAUUACUGUGUUGCCAACAACAGCUACAGACACUUUACCAGCAGACCAGUAACCAUCAAUGUGAAAGUCCCAGUGUCUCAGCCUAUCCUCACCCUUACUACUGCUAAGGGCCAGACUUUUGAGGGAGACAUAGCAACACUUCACUGUGAAGCCCAGAGAGGUUCUCCAAGCAUUGUGUACCAGUUCUAUCAUGAGAAUGUUCCCAUGGGGAGUCCCUCAACCAGUCUUGGAAGAGAAGCAUCCUUCAGUUUCUCUCUAACCUCAAAGCAUUCUGGAAACUACUACUGUACAGCUGACAAUGGCCUGCAAGUCCAGCGCAGUGAGGCUGUGAGCCUCUUUGUCACUGUUCCAGUGUCCUGCCCUGUCCUCACCCUCAGAGCCACCAGGGCCCAAACUUUCGUGGGGGACAUUGUGGAGUUUCACUGUGAGGCCUUGAAAGGUUCUCCCCCAAUCCUGUACCAGUUAUAUCAUGAGGAUGUCAUCUUGGGGAGCAUCUCAGCUACCUCUAUAGAAGGAGCGUCCUUCAACCUCUCUCUGACUGAAAAACAUUCUGGAAUCUACUUCUGUGAAGCCAACAAUGGUCAGGGGGCCCAGCGCAGUUACACAAUGACACUCAGUGUCAGAGUUCCAGUAUAUUAUCCUGUCCUUGUCUUCAGGACACCGAGGACCAGGGCUGUGGUGGGUGAUAUGAUGAUGCUUCACUGUAAGGUCCUGAGAGGCUCUCCCCCAAUCAUGUACCAGUUUUAUCAUGAAGAUAUCAUCAUGGGGAGAAGCUCAGCCCCAUCUGGAGGAGGAGUGUCCUUCAACCUCUCCCUGACUACAGAUCAUUCUGGAAAUUACUUCUGUGAGGCUGACAAUGGUCUGGGACCCCAACGCAGUGAGGUGUUGACAAUCAAAGUCACAGUUCCAGUAUGCAAUCCUGUCCUCACUCUCAAGACACCCAGGGCCCAGGCUGUGGUGGGGGAAGUGGUGGAGCUUCACUGUGAGGCCCUGAGAGGCUCUCCCCCCAUCUUGUACCAGUUUUAUCAUGAGAAUGUCAUCAUGGGGAGCAACUCAGCCCCCUUUGGAGGAGGAGUGUCCUUCAACCUCUCAGUGACUGAGGAACAUUCUGGAAACUACUCCUGUGAGGCCAACAAUGGCUUGGGGCCCCAACACAGUGAGGUUGUGACAAUCAAAUUCAAAGUUCCAGUGUCCCGCCCUGUCCUCACAUUCAGAAUCCCCAGAGACCAUGCAGUGGUGGGGGACAUGGUGGAGCUUCACUGUGAGGUCCUGAGAGGCUCUCCCCCAAUUCUGUACCUGUUUUAUCAUGAGGAUGUCACUAUUGGAAACAGCUCAGCCCCUUCAGGAGGAGGAACAUCUUUCAACUUCUCCCUGACUAAGGAACAUUCUGGAAACUACUCCUGUGAGGCCAAAAAUGGCCUUUGGUCCCAGCGCAGUGAAAGGGUGACACUUUGCAUCACAGGGCUGACCGGGAACAGAAGUGGUUCUGUAGCCACAAGAGUCACCGGGGGGCUGCUCAGCAUGAUGGGCCUGGCUGCUGGAGCACUACUGUUCUAUUGCUGGCUCUCAAGAAAAGCAGGGAAAAAGCCCGCUUCUGACACAUCCAGGAGUUUAGACUUAUACUCCCAAGAGCCCACCUACCACAAUGUACCAACCUGGAUAGAACUGCAACCAGUGUACAGCAAUGUAAAUCCUAGAGGAGGAGAUGUGGUUUACUCAGAAGUACAGAGCAUCCAAAAGAAGAAGAAACAUACAGUGGCCUCUGAACCCCAGGUCCCCAUGAACAAGGGCUUCUCUGUCAUCUACUCUGAGGUGAAAGUGGUGUGCACCCCAACCUCCAGGCCCCAGCAGUUGGGCUCCUCAGCUCCUCACACAUGA